AUGACAGAGUUAUGGAGUAGACAAGGCUAAUUGAUUUUGCACGAACUUCUCAUCUAUGCAUAUGAACAACGAUUGCACCUCGACAUCUACGCGGCUACUGAAGCCUCCCUCGAAUAUGAACUUGAUCUCCAAGAAGGUGGUCUGCUAAUCACGUUUACUGGCCUCAAGGAUAAGUUGUUCUUAAUGUAUUCCAUAAUCUGUGACUUGAUCCGUGAGGAGCCCAAAUUUUUGACCGAAUCUAUGCUCGCCGGUUACAAAGAAUUUUUCCGCCAAUCUAUCACAAACAAGGCUACUAAACCUGAACAUCUUUCCAAGUAA